CCCGCGGUGCAGCUGCGUCGGGGUCUCCGCCUGCUGAUCGCUCAAUGGCAGAGCCACAGACGCGCGCCGGGAGCCCAAAGAGGGCAGCAAGCGGGGCUCGGGGCCAUGCGCGGCCGCCUAUGGCUGGGCCUGGCGUGGCUACUGCUGGCUCGGGCGCCCGGCGCCGCGGGGACCCGAAACAAUCUGCGGAGACCGCGCAGCUACCCACACCUGGAGGGCGACGUGCGCUGGCGGCGCCUCUUCUCCUCCACCCACUUCUUUCUGCUGGUGGACCCCAGUGGCCGUGUGCAAGGCACCCGCUGGCACCACAGCCCUGACAGCGUCUUUGAAAUCCGCUCCAUCCGCGUGGGUGUCGUGGCGCUCAAGGCGGUGCACACUGGCUUCUACGUGGCCAUGAACCGCCGCGGCCGUCUCUACGGGUCGCGGGUCUGCACUGUACACUGCAGGUUCCGGGAGCAUAUCGAGGAGAACGGAUACAAUACCUACGCCUCUGUCCGCUGGCAGCACCUGGGCCGACCCAUGUUCCUGGCGCUGGAUGGGCGCGGUGCCCCCAGGCGCGGUAGCCUCACGCGGCAACACCACCUGUCCACCCACUUCCUGCCCAUCCUGGUCUCCUGAGGCGGACCGUCCACGAGCAGUGGCUGGAGGAAGAUUCCAGGAGACUGACCGCAUGAGCCUGCAGCCAGAGGCUGGGGAAGGCCCUGCCACCCCCAACACCUGCUUGGUCCCUCUCUGGUUUUACACGCAUGGAGUGCCUGCUGUGCUGGGCACUGGGGUCACUGCAGGAGCCCCCAGAUAUGGCCCGGCCCUCAGAGCUCCUGAGUCAGAGGGGAGGUGGACACAGAGUGAGCAGAAGCCGUCACAAGCUGGGGGGCAGGGAGGCCUCAACAAGGCAGCUGCCAGGCCUUGGGGGGCCCUCCUGGCUGGACACUGCCUAGCAGAGGCAGGGAAUGGGAACCCACUGGGGGGUGAGCCAGUGAGGAGGAGGGGAGGCUGGGGCCAAAUGAGGGGUUUUGGGGCAAGGGGAACACGGAGACUCCAUGGAGGGGCAGGUCCUGGUCCCAGGCCAAGAAUGUGUCAUUUCCCGUGGCAGAGGAGACUUUGCAGGUGGAGUUAAGUGAAGACCCGAGAUGGGGAUGGUCCUGGAUUCCCCAGGGGCCCAGUAUCAUCACCAGGUCCUCAUAAGAGGGAGGCGGGAGGGUCAGAGGCAGAGAGACGGGAGAUGCCGUGCUGCUGGCUGUGAGGAUGGAGGAAGGGGCUGCAGGCCAGGGAUGCAGCGCCUCUAGAAGCUGGAAAAGAAACAAAUUUCCCCUGAGCCUCCAGAAUGACCAGCCCUGCCCACACCUGGGUUUAGCCACGGGACACUGAAAUCAUGACCCCAGGGCAGUGAGAUAAUAAACCUGUGUUGUCUUAAGACA